AUGGUGUCUAACCUUGGGAAUCCGCUAGAUUCACGACGUCGAUUCUUGCACGUGGCAGCAUUUGACCUUCCAUUGAGACCAGCCAAUGAACAUCCACCACAAAACAUAGCAAAGAACCGUGGGAGUCCGCUUGAUUCGCGACGUCAGUUCUUGGCAUCUUCUUCUUCAAAGGCCGCUUCUUUUAUUGGGCUUUCGCUUCUAUCAGGUUCAACGCCAGCAUUGGCAGCACAAGAUUCCGUGCAGGUGACAGCAGAAGAACUGGACGAAAUCUACAGAGAAGAACAAAUGCAAGACGGCAACAAUCCCCCUCUACCUGAUGUACCGGCAGCUCCUGAAGAGAAAUCAGGAUUAGUAGUGUUGAGGGUAGCGGAGGUAGCACAAUUCCAGGAAAAGAUCUUGCGAUCAAUUGUGCAGGGAGAUCUGGAGGGAGUGAAAGUAGCUCCAUUGCAGUUUUCAUUUGGUACCAGAAUCUUGCUCAAGAAUUCCAAUUUGGAUGGGAAUAUGAAACUGAUGAUUGCCGAAGAGAUUCCGAGAUCGAAACGGAAAGAGGCUGCACGGAAUGCUAGUAACAGUAUGAACAUAUUGCAAGAUAUCAUCACCUUUUCGAAUUCAAUCCAGAGAGACUUUGAACCCAAAGAAAUGUUACUGUUGGCCGACAUGUAUAAGGCUCUCAGAAUCAACUUAAAUCAGCUAUAUGAGUAUUUGCCGCAAAAUGAAAAGGACAAAUACUACGGCUACUUCGUCGCUGUCACCGAAUAUGAGAAAAAGAUCGCGGAGGGCGUCUACAACCCAGACAUUGAUGGUAUAUUGAAGUUCGACUGA